GGUCGCCAUGGGAACCGCAGCCGGAGGCGCCAUGAGCCGCGCGGUGACCGGCGCUUUGCAGGCCCAGCACCUUGGGGACGGCCGACAAAUGGCCUCCGGUCGGACCCUCUAUUACCCCUACGACCCUCCAUACACACUGUCAAGUAAGAAGGAUCAUUCGAAGUCAAAUGCACUUGUUGGUGAUAAAGUGGUAAAGGCACCAGUGCUCAGAAGUAUGUUUAGAACCUUGAUCCAUUUCCCAAGCUAUGGUGAGUGGUUGGAAGGCAAAGAUCCAGUACCUCCAUUUAUUGACCAAAGAUGGAAAGGGAGUGCUCAGCAUCGCCUGGUGGCUCUUCAGCAGCUUGCUGCAGCUCGAUCUUCUCUUCAGAUACCUCAGAUUGUGUAUGAAGAUCCUGAAGUUAGUGGAAGGAAUCGCUACAAGUAUUUUGCACGACCUCUCAUCACUUCUUAUAAGCCGCUUCCACUAAAUAUUACUUAUUCAAUGGCACAGACAGAGCCCUAUGUUCAUUCACAUACAGGAGACAGCAAGGUCUUUAGUCCCAGGUUACGAACUUUGGGCACACAAACAGAUUACAGAGAUGGUGAAGCCCAGACGGAUCCCUAUUCCCCAGAAUAUGUAGUUCCUAGUGGCUCAGUCCCUGAACUUCUGACACUUGCUACACUCACUUGGGGUCAUGGUCUACCAGCAGGACUAGCUGAGGUGGAGAUGAUUGAACGCGCCCGGGAAAAACGUGCUUGGGAAGCAACUCUUCCAGCCAUGGACAGUGCCUCAAAUAUUGAGAAGAGGAGGAAAAUGAUGGAGGAUAUGGAGAGGAAGGAAUGGGCCUUUAGAGAACAGGAAAUAGAAAAGUUGCAGAAGGUUCGACUGGAAGUCUUGAAGAAGCUGCUCUGGAGGCAAGAGGAGAAUCAGAAUGAGCUGGUUGCCAAGCGCUUGGAUGCCCACUGGCAAAAUCAUCAGAAAGCUAAAGAAGAGAAAAUGAAAAAGAUUCAGGGUGACACUUCAUUGAUGCUCAGGAAACUGAUAGCUAAGAGGAAGAAUGUAAUGGGGAAGCUGGAGAGACGAGAUAUCAUCAAGGAGUAUAUUGACUUUGCAUCACAACCAUACGCUCCUUUGUCUAGAAUUGGUUAUUUUCCAGACAACCAUUCUGAACGUUACGUGUUAAAAAACUUCUAUCUUAACACCUUUGCAGGACUCUGUGAAUUGGAAGCAUCUCUCCCAGAUUCUGUCACCCAGGUCAAGAUUAAAGCUCCAAAACCUAAGCAAGCUAUCACUAAGACUGGAUACGUUAAAAAAGCAGCAAGGCUAGAGGUGGCACUGGCACAAGUUCACCAGGCACUACUGGAGAAGAAGGAGGAAGUCAAGGAGCCAAAGAAGAAGCCCCUCCCUUUACUUCAAGAAGAAAAGCCUGUUCCUCGGCCACCCACUCCAAUCCUGGAAAAGCCAUCAGUUGAGGAAGAGGAAACAGAACUGGCAGUGAUCUGUCUGCAGCAGUUGCUCCGAGGCAGGGCUAUUCAGAACAUGAUGUUUGAAGGGAAAGAGAAGCAGCUGGAACUGAUCCGAGAGCUGCGUACCACUCAUGCACUCCAGGAGGAUGGACAUCUGCUUUUGAAAGCAGAGGAGCAAAUGACACUGGCUCUACAGCAACAGCAUGAGUUACAUAUGCACAAGCUGUCAUCAGUGGAAACCCACUUGGCCAGGGAAGAAGGAAGGGUAUUGGCAAACAUGUUUGAUUUCCUGUCCAAAGAGCUGGUGAGGCUGCAAGAAGAACGCAGGAUCCAUGCUUUUGUCAUGCUGGCUGAGAGGCAGAGGCGGAUGCGGGAAGCAGAGGAGAGCGGACGGCGUCAGGUGGAACUGAAGCGGCGUCAGGAUGAAGAUGAGGUUUUCAGACAGGUGGUGAAAGUGCACCAGAGCACUAUUGACUCCUACUUGGAAGACAUUAUCCUGAGUAGCAUGGAGGACACAGCUGAAGAGCAAGCCAGGGAAGAGGUUCAGAGAAUGGCUGUAGAAAUCAAUGACAUUGCUUAUGAAAUGGAAAGUCGUCGAACUCACCUACAAUCAGAAGAGAUUGUAGCAGAGAUGGUUUAUGAUUUCCUCAUCCCAGAAGCUGAAAAAAUGUCUAUCAGAGAAAAAGUGAGGCAGUGUCAAAGAAAACACAUCUAUGCUGCUCAUCAGAUCAUCCACAGGGACACAGAGAGGGUAGUGGCUGAUCUGGCACGGCAUCAGGAGACAUCUGCCAGCAAGAUAAAGGGAGACCUUCCUGCUGGGACAGCCAGCACUGCCGUGAGUGAGACAGCUGCUGGCCCAAGUGCAGCUGACAGCACUUGCUCUGCCACAGUUGCAGAGGAACUAGCUAAACCGUGUGAAGAAAGCGCAGGGCAGACAGCAGAUGACCCUCCUGAUGGACCAGGCAAGGAUCCCACAGCCUCCUAAAGACAGAAGAUGUGCAAGGACGAUUGGAAUGAAAAUACAGAAGUCUCAUUGCUAAUGUUCACAAGAAUUACAACUGGAGGGAGCAAUGGAUAAAGUGGACAACUGCAGCCUCCACACAGAGGGGUAAAAUGUAGUCCUCAGGCAAGGAAACAACAGCACCAGCUGCAAGGUGCUCUCUAGUACAUCUUUGACAGUAGGGAGACUGUUGUAGGAAUCCUCUGCCUGGUUUUGGUACCUGCUGUUUAAGGAGGGUAUUAAAAGCUGUUGUAGAGGAGAUACAAUUAGAAAGAUGUAAAGGAGGCAAAGUUCCCCUUCCAGUCAGCUUAACAAGAAGUUACGUGGUGACUGGGUCCUGCUCAAGGGGCCCUGACCUUCAGAAGAGAGACCAGAGACUGGAGCAGAGGGUUCCUGUGCAAACACAGUGAAGGAUGGGAGCCCACAGCUUGCAUUCACCCUGGGAGAAGGCCAGGAGAGACAGAAGACCUCAGCGCCCAUGUCUGGAGGAGAAGUGCCCAAGGAUAACUCACCACCACGCCGAGUUCCUGCGGAUUGUGAUGAGCAGUGGCAACCUUCAAAUCAAUGAACUCACCCAGCGAGGUGCUGCAGUUCAGGCAGCGAUGCCUUUGCCGACGUAAGCGGCCACCCUCAAUCUCAGGGGCCAGACUUGUCGAGCAGAGCAGCUCUGGUCUCAGCACGAGGUCCCGGGACUGAUGUAAGUGAAGUGAUGGCAUCACUGCUUCUGGUGCUGCCAGGCUGUGGUCAGCUCCGUGGUCCCCUUGCCCAGGUAAUCCAGUGCAGGGCUGAGUGGUGGGGGCUGAACAAAAGCAGACCCAUGGCCC